UGCUCUUCCUCUUACCACAGUGAAUGCUUUGACCUUCGUCUCAUCUCCUCUGCAUUCCUUCUUCUGAUCUUUGUCAGAGUAAACUUCUCCUCUGCCAUGUGGUUGUGGGUGUUUGCUGUCCUGAGUUGUCUGUUGGUGGCGCUGGUCAUCAUCUUGUUAUUGAUCUCUGCGAAGCGCUAUAAGGUAUUCAGUGAAAAGUGUCUGAGACCCCCUGGACCGCUGGUCACCAACAGAAACGAGAGGGAUGCCAGACUGAAGAAAGGGUUCCGUGCUGACCGGGUUCCACCGGCUCUGGAUGUGGUGGUGAUUGGCAGCGGCAUUGGAGGCUUGGCAGCUGCAGCAAUUCUAUCCAAAGCUGGGAAGAAAGUGGUCGUUCUGGAGCAGCAUGACCUUGCUGGAGGCUGCACACACACUUUCCAAAACAAGGGCUUUGAGUUCGAUGUGGGGAUCCAUUAUCUGGGCCAACUUCAUGAGAACAGCCUGCUGAGGGUCGCUUUGGAUCAGAUCACUGAGGGACAGCUGCAGUUUGUCAAACUGGAACAACAUUAUGACACUGUGCUUCUUGGACCGCCCGGCCAUUGCAGGGAGUAUCAUAUUCACGCAGGGAAAACUGAGAUGGCAGAUUCCUUGAAGAAGCAGUUCCCAGAAGAAGAGGAAGCCAUUGAUGAGUUUAUGAAACUGAUGAAGUAUGCUUCUCGGAGAACUCCACUUAUUGCCAUUUUGAAGAUCCUGCCCUACCUGGUGGUAAACUUUCUGAUUUGGACUGGCCUGUUGGACAGAGUAUUUCCUGUGUCUCGCCUAGCAACAACCAGCCAUUCAGAGAUGAUGUCCCGACUCACUCAGAACAAGGACCUGCAGGCUCUCUCUGCCUACUUUUUCUAUGGUGUCCCUCCUAAAGAGUCCAGCUUCCUAAUCAAUGCACUUCUUCUCCACCACUACAAACGUGGAGCGUACUACCCGUAUGGGGGGGCCAGUGAAAUUGCCUUCCACAUCGUUCCAGUCAUUCAGCAGGCAGGCGGUGACGUGUUGGUCAGGGCGCCUGUCCAACGCAUCCUCAUCAACAGCCAGGGGAAGGCCUGUGGUGUGACGGUUCUCAAAGGACAACAAGAGAUUGAGGUCGUCGCCCCUGUUGUCAUUUCUGACGCUGGAAUCUUCAACACCUUCCAGAAAUUUCUACCACAGCAUAUUCAGGAAAAACCAGAAAUCCAGUCUCUGCUAGGCAUGCUUCGUCAUGGUAUGGGUUCCUUCUUAGUCUUUGUUGGUCUGGAUGGAACCAAGGAAGAGCUGAACAUUGUUUCUAAGAACUUCUGGAUGUAUAAAGGCAACGACUUGGACUCACUUAUGGAGGCGUAUUCUUCUCUGAACAGAGAGCAGGUGUUAGGAAACAUACCCAUGAUGUUCAUCACCUUCCCAUCGGCUAAAGAUCCAACAGCCGCCAUCAGACACCCAGGUAAGUCCUGUAUGACGUUACUCACCAUGGCCCGCUAUGAGUGGUUUGAGGAUUGGAAAGAGACCAAAGUUGGCAAGAGGGGUCCAGAAUACCUGGACCUGAAAAACAGCAUGGCCCAAGAGUUGCUGGAAUGGGCUCUAAGCAUUUUCCCUCAACUUCGAAAUAAGGUGGUCAUGGUGGAAGCUGCUACACCUCUAACUAAUGUCCACUAUCUGGGCGCUCCAAGAGGUGAGAUGUACGGUGUAGAGCACAACCUGGAGCGCUUCGGUCCCGAAACAUCUGCGAAGACACGACCACAGACCCCCGUCAACGGAUUGUACCUCACAGGUCAGGAUGUCUUCUGCAAUGGCUUGGCUGGGGCCCUGCACGGCGGACUGCUCUGUGCCUCUGCUGUCCUCAACCAAAUUCUCUACAUCGACCUUGUUGCUCUGAAGACUCGCCUCAAGCACCGGAACACCAAGAAGAAGAAGACCUUGUAGAAGCACAGGAGCACCCAAAGCAGAACAAAUGUUUUGGAUUUUAAUGUUUUAGUGGUCCUUUAUGCGCUUCAGAUAUGCUUAGAGUGCCUGAAGGCUUGUUGAAAGACGAGGCAGACUAGAGCUUCAGAGGCUCUCUAGUUCCUCAUAAUCCUUUUCCCUUUAGAAACGUGUUGUCAAUAAACAUUUAAGAUUCACACUGA